ACAAUAUUGUCAAUAAUUUGGAGGAGAAUUAUUAUGAGGACGAGAUGAAGAAUCAGUUAGAUAACUUCAGCAAGUCUUCACCGGAAAUUCAUGUAGAAAGAUCAGUUUCUGUUCCGAAUCCUCAAACUGAAAGAGAAGAGGGAAUCUCCAAGGCAUUAUCCGAGGGGGCCAUUUCUAAAAAUUUGAAAAAGAAAGUGGCUUCUAAAACUGUGUCCGAUCCCUCUCAAAGGAACAGUCUGCACGUCGAAGUUGACAGCAGUGCUAAAAAUAGGCCGAGGUCGUCGUCUGACCCCGAUGCAGAUGUGUCAAAUCUACAACAUGUUGAACAAAAUCUUGAACAGAAUACUCGACACAAACACAGAAGACUGUCCUUGACGUCUCUGACAUUUAAGAAAAACAAGAACAAAAAUAAGCAUAAGGAAAAACAUCCAAGUGACUCGAGCGACGGUCCCGAUCAGUCGGGGAAAUCUGAUGACGAAAGCAAACCGCACCAUCCUCACGGUCAUAAUGGGCAUAGCGACGAUCACUCGGAUAGCGACAUUGACGAACGCCCGCCUCCAAAAAGCUUCCUACGCAGAAUGAGUUGCAAAAUGAAACACAUUAUGUUGGGCAAUGAGAGAGAAGAGAAAAAGUUCAAAGUAGAUAUCAUUGAUUUAACAAAUGACCAGGGAAAGUUCUCUUCUGAGAGGGUGUCCGUGGAUGAGCUUCAGAAUGCAAUUUUACCUGUUUUCCUUAAACCUGAGAGCUGUGAUAGAAACGACACGUCCUCUUUCUCGCGGUCCCGGAGCUCCAGUAUGUCCAGUCUGGAUAACGUGUCCAAGGAAGCCAUCCAAUCGCUGGUCUUCUCUGACUCCUAUACCGGCAAAACAGAUAACUUUACCUGUCCAUGCCUGUGGGUGGGGACCAGUCUGGGGUCGGUGAUUGUGAUAGUUCUGAAUCUACCUCCUCCAGGACAACAGCGGCUGGACCAGCCUGUCAUUGUGUCCCCAAGUGGUACAAUGUUUAGGUUAAAAGGAGCAAUACUCACAAUGUCUUUCCUGGACUGUAACGGGGUGCUAAUUCCGAGUGUGUCUGAGCCGUGGCGAGAAAACCCAAACAAGGAGAAAGAGAAACAGACAUACAGACAAAACACGGUGUCUCAAAAACCAAAAAUCUCUCCAACAUCAUCGACGGAAUACAAUGGUGACAAACAAUUUGUUGUGAUAUGCUCAGAGAAACAGGCAAGAGUGAUAUCACUACCCUCCCAGCAAUGUCCUUACAAGACCAGAAUCACUGAGUCCUCCUUCGUGGUGCGGGCCGAUGUGGUGACCAUGAGGGAUUCAGUUUGUCUUGCAUGCUAUGUCGCCAAUGGUCGCAUCAUGGCGUUUAGCCUGCCCAGUCUCAAGCCUCUGCUGGACAUAGAUUUCCUACCACUAAACGAUGUGCGGAUUGCUCGCACAUUUUGUUUCAGUAGUAACGGGCAUGCUAGCUAUCUGUGUUCGGCCACGGAGAUACAAAAAAUUACUUUUUCUGCUGAUAUGAGUGAUAACUUGAAUGAGAUGCUGGGAGAGCUAUUCAAACCGUGUGAGACCCCUGAGGCACCCAAGCAGGGCUUCUUCAAGAACUGGUUCAGUGCGGGCCACUCCACGCUGGAUCGAGAGGAGCUGUUUGGUGAGGCCAGCGGGAAGGGACCUAGAGGCCUGGCCACAAAGCUCCAGGGCAGGGGCAGUAUGCAGUAUGUACAAAACCAGGCCUCAAGUGGCACCUCUGAGGUGGCUAAGGCUCAUAAGGCUUUCAUUGAGAGAGGUGAGAAGCUCGGAGAGCUAGGAGAGCGGUCAGAAAUGAUGCGAGAUCAUGCUGAGAACUUUGCUUCAGAUUCCAGGGCUUUGAUGCUGAAAUACAAGAACAAAAAGUGGUACCAAUGGUAGCAACAGCGUAGGAGGGUGUUUCUCACAACAGCCAUAUGGGUGUAAAACUCAACAGCCAACUAGUGUUUCUUCAUAGGGGAAAUAAAUUAAGUAUGGAAACCAUCCUGUCCAUUCAUAGAUGCGACACACUGAAGCGGAAGAUCAUCUAACUGGACGUGGAAAGCAGGAAAGGAAGAUGAAGGAAUGGAGGAAAAGGGAGAGUUGCCUCCCUUUUCGAGAGAAUGUUGACUUUCAUAAAAUGUCUUCAUGGGAGAGGCAUUUUGGUUUUGGUUCUAAAGAAAUAUUUGUAGACAUUUUCAAUCAUUCUGUCAUCUGGUACUUUGUACAGAUGGCACUUAUGAAGUAUUCCAAAUAGAGAUUUCCCUAAUUCUGUGGUUCUUGUUUUAAAUCUUGUUUUGGUCUCGAUUUCUUAUUUUACAUCAAUUGAUUACAUUUCCUGAAACCCAGGUUUAUUUAUUAGUACUCAAAGGAGGGAGAAGAAAAAUCAUUUUUGAAGUUUUGUAACUUCAUUAUUUAUUUGAAAAUAUUUUCUUUUAAUUUCAUGUGCAAUAUUUUUUUUUGUUGAGAUAUCAUAUGUGUAUAUCAAUAUGUAUGCUAUUUUCAAAGUGAUAUUAUUGUUUGCUAAUAUAAAGAGCAUUUUUUUUCUUCAGUUCAUGUUAUUCCUGAUUGUAAAAAGGAAUGAACUUUUUGUCCAAGACAUGUUUUUUGCUUUGGGCAGUGGAAAAUUUUGUUUUUUCUUAUCGAGGGAUGAGAUGAGAUGAGGGUUAGGGAUAGUUAAAAGAUUUAUAAAUGCUUAAAAAUGGAGAAAUAAUAGAUAAUGCAGAGUAAACAUGACUGUUUACAAACUUUAUUGAUAAGCUAGAACGACUAGGGUCUGUCCUCCCAUUAGUUAAUUAACAUUAUUUUAUAGCUUCUUUUUCAAUUAUUUUGAGUAAUAUUUUAUCACAUAUUUUUAAAAAACAGGACUGUAAAUAUAUAUACAAUGUAUGUAGAGUUAUACCAUCACCUGUGCAAAUUCAGUGUAGAUAUAUAGAUAGUAUAGGCCCUAUGUAAAAAAUGUAAAUAUUUACUUUUGUAUAUGUACAUAUAUUUAACUUUUGACCUUGUGGGGAUUGUUUCAUUGUCUCUCUCUCUGUUCUCUCGAAUUGUCCAGCCAUUGUUUUUUGUACGAGUUCUCUCCCUUUUUGUAUUUUUUUGGUUUUCCUGUGUUGUUUUGUUAGCAGCACAAGAAAUGGUUUAAUUGGAAUAAGUGAUACAUGUGAAAAACAGAAUAGAUAUUGAUGUGUGAACAAUGAGUAAAGAUUCAGUAAAACUAAAACUUAUCACAACUGUGUAAUAAACCUCAGCUUAGGCUUCAUAUAACAUAAAAUGUAAUUUUAUCUAAAUAUCUGAUGCCACCUGUAAUUCACUCAAAAUGCAGAUUGAAGUGCACAAAAAAAAUUGAAUAUUUUCAUUCAUGAACGACCUGUUAAAACUGACAUGUUAUGUAUAAUUCAAGUUGAAGUUUUUAUGUAAUGUUGAAAUAUUUAUCAUAAUUAUAUAUAAUUUAUUUAUAAAGCAUUUGGUACUGGGUAUAUCAUUUCCUCAAAUUAAAUGAGUUCUACCUAUCAUUAUUAAUUUUUCAAUAGAUGAAUUAUUUAUGAAUACAUAUAUAUAUAUUUAUAUAUACAAGUUAAUGUCCAUUAGGCUAUAUACAGUAAAACACGGUUAUAACGAAACGCCAGGGAUUGGCUAUUUUACUUUGUUAUAAGCGUAAUUCAUUAUAUCCAUCUAUUUUACAAUAUGUAUUACCGUAAUAAAGUACCUGGAAUGAAAACCGCUUCGCUGUAAGCGUCAAUUCGUUAUAAGUGUGUUCGCUAUAACCAUGUUUUACUGUAAUCGACUCAAAUCAUAAGUGCUUUCUAUGAAUUUUUUUUUUCUUCAUUUUCUACAUAGAUCUCAUUAAAACAACACCAGCAUCUACAUGUACCUGCUUUGAAAGUGUUAUCAGAUAUAACUUAGCAGCUUAGAAAGGAAAAUGGGUUUUUUCAAGCCUUUUUUUUCUUACAUCUUUAUUUCUAUACACAAAGCUUGCAAACAGCUAAACGCAAAAUUAGAGAGGGAAUAAGUCAGUUUAAGUUAAACAAUUCUGUUGCUCUCACAUAUCCUUUAUAAAAUUUCUCUACUUCUAGUUUGUCAGAGGAACGAUAAAAAAAAAGCGUUGCUCAUCGUGAAACUAUUGCUCAUUUUAUCAGCACAGGUUGUAUCGAUGGGUUAUUAUAAUACUUAUGUUUUCAUUAUCUUGCAAUGCAUUCCAAGGACUGAGUUUUUUGUUCUUGCAUCAUUCCAUAUGAUCUCACAUUUUUUCGCCCCUCUCUCUCUCGUCCUAUACUUGUGUAUGUACAUGAACUUUCAGAACAAAGAAACACAGUCUGUGUUGUUUAUAUCAGUUUUAAUAUUUUUUCCAAUGUGUUCCUUGUUUUUCGAUUUUUUUUCUUUCUUAGAAAGUUGGCAUUACUUGUAUUAAUCAAUUAUUUUUUUUUAAAGUGUGAAUGUGAAAAAGAGUAAAUGAAAGUGGAGUCCAUUUUUUAGCUAACAGUUUAGUUUAUGGGUUUUUUUUCUUUUUAAUUCAAAGUGAGACUCAAAAUUGGCAUCAACUAACUCUAUCAACUCCAUGUGCAUAGGUUAUCAUUAUAACUCGUUAAUUUUGUUCCGUGUGGAUUGAAAUUUACUGAACUCAUCAUCAUCAUAACAACUUUUGUUUCUAUAAAGGGAAAAAAGGGUGUCAUUUAUAUAUACAAACACAUACACAAAAGUAAUAUUGCAUGCAUAAGAAAAAAAAAUAUUGAACUACAAGAAUUAUGCAGCACUUAAUUGUUGACUCUUCUGAAUCAUCACCGAUUUGAAAUGACAAUUUAUGAUAAAAAAUUGUAACGGUCUGGUCAUGGCCCAAGUUAGAUUCGACACUCUAUGGGCUUGGCUUGGGCUGAUUUGGACACUUUAUGGGCCUGGCCCAAAUUAGAUUGGACACUCUAUGGGCCCUGACUGGAUUGGACAUUUCUCUAUGGGCCAGGCCCAAACUAGAUUGUGACAUUUUCUCUAUGGGCCUGGUCCAGACUAGAUUUGGACAUAUUUCCCUAUAGGCCUGGCCCAGACUAGAUUUGGACAUUUCUCUAUGGGCCUGGUCCAGACUAGAUUUGGACAUUUCUCUGUGGGCCGCUUGUGUCCCCGGCCUCGGUGUAUGUAGACUGUGAGAGGUACUGUAUGACUGUGUUCCUGUUAAGUAUCAGUUGUGAUAUUGUUGAGAAUUAGUAUGACGCUGUCAAGUAUGUAGAAAAUAAAGUCUAAUAUAAAUGCA